GUGAUGAACAUAAUGUUAAAUCUGAAAUAAAUAAACAGGCAAAGAAGCGAUUAAAAUCUUCUAAUGAAAAAAAUGAAAAGCAAUCUACUUCAAAUUCUAAAGUGGUAGAGCUAUUGGCUUAA